AUGUCCGAAUCUCAAGACCACAAGCCGUCGCCCGCGGCCAACGUCAAGGUCGAUGGGGAGUCUAUCGAUCUCGAGGAUGAGGCACACGGCACUGUCGUUGGGACAAAACACUCAACCAAACAGAAGAUCUUGCGAGUGAUUUGGGACACGUUCGACAAGUCUCCCGAAGAACGACGAUUUGUCACCAAGGUCGACUUAUGGAUCAUGACAUAUGUCUGCUUGGCCUACUUUGUCAAAUAUCUUGACCAGACCAAUGUUGUCAAUGCCUAUGUGACUGGAAUGAAGGAAGACCUGAACAUGAAAGGAAACGAAUACAAUAUGCUCCUUACAAUGUUCACAAUCGGAUACACCCUCGGGAACCUCCCCUCUCAGCUCAUGAUGACCAAAAUCCGACCUUCGAUCUGGCUCCCAACGCUCGAACUUAUCUGGGGGUCGCUCGUGAUGUGCAUGGCCGCAGCGAAAAACAUCGAGACUCUAUAUGCGCUACGAUUCUUGAUUGGAUUCCUCGAAGCAUCCGCUUACCCCGGCUUCCUCUCCCUACUGGGAAACUGGUACACUCCCCAGGAGCUUGGAAAACGUUCCUGCAUAUUUAUUUGCAGUGCGUAUGUAGCUCAGAUGUUUUCCGGCUACCUGCAGGCAGGGUUGUAUGCUGGUAUGGAUGGCAAGCAUGGCCUGAAGGCCUGGCAAUGGCUUUUCAUCUUUGACGGCAUCAUCGGCAUUCCAGUCUGUAUCCUCGGCUACUUUGCAAUUCCUGACAGCCCGACAAACUCCAAGGCUUUGUGGCUGAAGCCGGAAGAGAAGGCCAUUGGCAUCUCUCGCAUGGAGAGAGUCGGACGAAAAGCACCGGCCAAAUUGACAUGGAAGACUAUCAAGGACGUCUUUACGUCUUGGCCUGUGUACCUGUUCUCCGUCCCCUUUGCCUCGCAGCUUCUGGCGAUUCGAAUCUACAACUAUUUCAACAUCUAUCUCAAAGACACUGGGAGGUACACCGUUGAGCAGGUCAAUGUCAUCCCCACAGCCGGCUACGCCUUUCAAGUCGUCACAACUCUCAUCAUGGCUUGGGUAAGCGAUGGUAUUGGCAAACGAGCACCGUCCAUUUUUUUCGGCAUCGCCAUUGGCAUCACAGGGACCAUCAUUCUGUGUUUUUAUCCUGAGAACAACCAUUCACUCAUGCUCGCGGCUUGGAUCUUGACAUUUGGCCAGUCAGGUGCAUCCGCCUUGAUUCUUACAUGGAUCAAUGAGAUCCUGACCUUUUCGACAGAACAGCGGUUGGUGGUAUUUGGCGUGGUUGAAACAUUCGGGUUCGCGAUGAACGCGUGGGUGAUUCUGUACACUUACCCAAGCGGGGAGGCGCCUCGAUUCAAGAUUGGGUAUCAGAUGGCUACCAUGUUCUUCGCUGUUGAGGCUAUCUUCAUUGCCGCUAUUGUAUUUUGUGAGAAGAAAUGGAAGCCUAAGGGACACCCGGAUCGGGUCUAA